AUGACCGAAUACAGAAUCAAGACAACGGCGUCUGGCCGACCCCGAUUCGUCCGAUCGCAAUCAUACUCCCAUCCGCGCCAUCAUCAUCUACGCCACCACCUACCACACCUCCACCACGACCACAGCGACGGGCUGGAUCAUCAUCAUCUUGUCGACCAUCUCUUUCCUCAUGACCACUACUAUCAUGUGGAAUAUCGUCGUGGCCAGCACCACCACCAACAGCGUCCAAAGUGCCCGACAGACUGCGCCUGCAUCACCCGGGACGAAUGGGCCAACCUCCUAAAGCAAAACCGCCACUACGUCGUCCUGGCCGGCAGCUUACAGGAGGAAAUUUCCAAGCUCAAGAAGAAGGUCGAGGCUGCGGCAGACGCCAAAGCUGCCGCAGACAAGGAAAACCAAAAGCUUCUCGGCAGUAAUGCAGAGCUCGCAGCGGCGGUGAGGAAGCUUCAGGAGGAGAACGCGGAGCUUCGCCGAUGCCUCGCCGCACACAAGGAAGGCGACAGCAGCCUUAUCGAGAGUCUGCGCCGUCGGAUCCGGGACCAGCUGAUCGAGCUCGACGGCAAGAAUGCCUUUAUCCGCAACCUGGAAAGCAGAAUCGAUGAUCUCAAAAAGGAGAUAUUCGGCAUGAAACACCGCUACAAACACCGACACGACUACCACCAGCAUCAUCAUCACAGCUCCUGUCGCUGCCGCAGCUGCCGCAAGAAGGAGGACAAGAAAGCCGGCACGGACGGUGGCGGCGGCGACAGCAGCUCAGACGACCAGUCCGGCGGCGACCGCAAGCCGAGCAGGAGCUAUCUCAAGAGGAAGAUUGGCGAGCUCGAGGUCUCUGUGGGCCUGUGGCAGCACAAGGCCGAGUUCGCGGAGAAGCGCUCGCGCGAGCUGCAGGCCAGGUCGUGCGGCAGACGGAGAUCGCGGAUCGUUUUCGUCACCGCGUACACCGGCUUGAAGAUCGGCUCGGCUGUCGCGAGAGGGGUGUUUGGUUUACUUGAUUUCGGCUGGGAGGUGUACUGCAAGCUCAAGGAGCUUGAGGAGGAGGUGGGCGAGCGCGAGCGCGAGCACGCCGACAGUUCGGUCGACGCGGACGCCGACACCGAUAAUGGUCCCGCUCAUGCCGUUGAGGAUGAUGGAAGUGUGGUCUGGAGCGACACUGAUGACGCCGGCGCCGACGACUAA